AUGACGAAGGGGACGUCCUCGUUCGGGAAGCAUCUCAACAAGACGCACCCGUUGUGCCGCCGCUGCGGCUCCAAGGCCUACCACCUGCAGAAGUCCACCUGCGGCAAGUGUGGCUACCCCGCCAAGCGCAAGAGGAAGUAUAACUGGAGCGCUAAGGCCAAGAGGAGGAACACCACCGGCACGGGUCGCAUGAGGCACCUGAAAAUUGUAUACUGCAGAUUCAGGCAUGGAUUCCGUGAGGGAACAACGCCCAAACCCAAGAGAGCAGCUGUUGCAGCAUCCAGUUCAUCUUAAGGAUUUCAUCAAUUAGUAUGAAUAAAUGUUCUGGUUUAAAAAAAAAAAAAA